AGUACGCUCCGUGAAACACAAACGCAACGCAAAAGCCGAACUUAAAACUCAAACUGCUUCCUCUCUCAAACUAUGCUUCUUCUUCUUCUCACUUCUCUCUGACACUCUUUUUUCUCUCGCACCUUUAUCUCCGGAAAAUAAUUCGCUACAAUUCGUCAUUGUUUUCGGUUAUUGCUUAUCCUCACCAACAUUCUUCGUCGCUUCUCUUAUGUUUUGAUUGAAGUUGGAAUUUUAGUUGAUAGCUGUGCCAACUUUAAUUGGAAAGAUGGGUAGCACAUUCAAUUCACAGAUUUUAGUGGAAAAACUAGCCAAGCUGAAUGGCUCGCAGACAAGCAUAGAGACUUUGUCACAUUGGUGCAUAUUUCAUAUGAACAAAGCCAAACAAGUUGUUGAAACAUGGGCUAAACAGUUCCAUUGCUCUCCGCAUGAAAAGAAAUUGGCAUUUCUGUUCCUUGCAAAUGAUAUUAUACAAAACAGCAGGCGAAAGGGUUCUGAAUUUGUCGGUGAAUUUUGGAAGGUUCUUCCAGACUGUCUUCGAGAUGUCACUCAGAAUGGAGACGAACAUGCUAGGAGUCAAGCACUUCGACUGGUUGGUAUAUGGGAAGAAAGAAAAGUUUUUGGUUCUCGUGGUCAAAUUCUUAAGGAAGAAUUUAUUGGGAAGCAUGAUUUGAAACCUAUGAACGUGAAACCGACGAAUGUGAAACCUAUGAAUGUGAAACUGAGGCCAUCUGCUGGGAAUGCAUUGGAUAAAAUAGUUUCGGGCUAUCAACAUAUUUAUGCAGGGCAGACAGAUGAAGAUGUUGUAUUAAGCAAAUGCAGGAAUGCCAUUAGCUUUCUUGAGAAAGCAGAUAAGGAAAUAGUUCACGGUAGUAAUUCAGGGAACUUCCAUGGAUCUGCGGUAGUGAAUGAGCUCCAGGGGCAUAAUGCCAUACUAAAGGACUGCAUUGAGCAGUUAACAACGCUAGAAUCAUCAAGAGCUGGCCUUGUGUCUCAUCUGAGAGAGGCUCUUCAGGAUCAGGAAUUCAAGCUGGGUCAAGUUCGUAGCCAGAUCCAGGCUGCAAGUGCUCAGUGGGAACAUGCGAACAAUACCUGCCAACAGUUACUGAACCGCAACAAUAUUCAGUCAUUAGUUGAACAGAGCUCAAAGGAAAUUCAGACCUCCAUGACACCUGCAAGUUUUAAUUCUGGCGACAGAGAGCUAUCAGCCCCAUUAAUGUAUUCACCACAAAUUAUGUUUCCUCAAAAUUCUGGACACGGUGAGGAAGAUCCACGCAAGUCUGCAGCCGCCGCAGUGGCAGCAAAGCUGACUGCAUCCACAUCCUCUGCCCAGAUGCUGUCUUAUGUGCUAUCCUCUUUAGCAUCAGAAGGUGUCAUAGGCAAUCCGAUGACAGAGUCUUCUUCUGAUUAUCACUCCGAAAAGAGGGCUAAGCUUGAGAAUGAUGGGCAAUCUUAUGUGCCAUCUCAGAAUCCUCAACAACCACUUCCUCCCUUUUCGCUUUCUGAACCUACCCAACACUAUGCAUCUUCAUCCAACCAGCAAUCUACUCCAAAUGAGCCACCACCUCCACCCUCAUCAUCACCUCCCCCACUACCCCCACCGCCACCAAUGCCUCAACAAUACCCUGUGCCGCAGUUCAUGCAGAAUGUAGGGCCUGUUAACAAUAUGGCAUAUAGCUAUGGCGUGAUUCAACAGCCGUCAAAUAUGGCAGCCUAUCCCGCAGCUGGGAUUUCCAUGAACAAUGUAUCUCCUUAUACACCUCAAAUGAAUCCAUAUCAGGGUUUUCAGGGUUCUGAUGGAAACUACUACAACCCGUCUUCCUCAAUGCCUAUGGUCCCCAUCUCGCGCCAAUAAAACUCCUAAUUCUGAGUCCUAGAGCAUCUCUCUGAGGCAAACAAAGGUGACUUAGAACAUCCGCUGUAUCUCUAUACAUGACAUUGUUAAUGGUUUUGUUGAAUAGGGUUAUAUUUAUCUUUUCAUGAUUGUAAAACUUAGCAGAUAUUGUUGCCUUGGAGGUUUUUUAGAUGUCUGUAUUUUAGUGUUGUAGACAGGUCUUCUGUUGGUUCUGAAUCCGUUCUGAUGUAUGUUCUCAUCAGUGGUACUGGCCAACCAGCAUAUCUUCAAAAGAUUUGCAUUUUUCCUUACAGGUGUGCCUUGUGGGCAGAGUUAUGUGUACAGACCAGGGUCAAGUUAGUUUGAAACAUUUUUUAUUUAUUUAUAAUAUACUUGACAUUUUGUUAGGAUAUUUCAUAUUGGGUUUAAUUAUCUUCUUCUUGGUGUGUUUAUUAUAUUAACUUGAGAUUAUGCUAGUUGAUGACCGAGGGUUGUUUCGGGCUCUUGGACAUGGUCAGUCGAGUAUAGAAAGUUUCUCAAUCCAUCUCUUAAAAAUGUGGGGUGUUUAAUAAUGAGGAGUGCUUUCCAAUGCACCCUCCUCUUGUGCCCAUCCUUAUUGUGUUUGGUGGAUGAAUGUAUAUUGUGUUUGGUGGAUGAUCCGAUUGGAGAAAUUUACCUGCCACCCCACAUCCCACACUUAUAUUUAUAUCUGGCACCCUCAAAAUGAAUAAAAAGAACAAAAUAAUCUUAUUUAAAGUUUUCUUCAAAAAGUUUGAAAUCUCCUGGGCGACACUGGAAAUUUU